AUGGAUGAGGAAUCAGAUAAUGAUGAUGAUGAAUUUGAUUAUGAAGCUUUGAAAUUUCAACUGGCUCUCUCCAACAUUGAGACUUUGGAGGAGAAUAACAUGUUGAUUGCUGGCCUCUGGCACAAUGGGAGGUAUCAAAAUAAUAAUAUUGCUGAAGCUACAACACAAUCAAUGGUUCGAUUCUCAUUCUCUAGCAACAACCCUUCCUCCUUCCUAACACCAACUCGAUAUGGUCAAACAUUACCUUUGAUUUCAAGAAACAGUCCUUUCAUUCCUUCGUAUUUUCCAAACUCUCCUCGAAUUCCAUCAUCGAGUUUAGGAAACACUCGUCUCAUUCCUUCUUCUCUUCCAAUCUCCUCUCAAAUUUCUUCGUCGAGAUCAUGCAACACUCCUCUCAUUUCGUCUAAUCUUCCAUACUCAUCUCGAAUUUCCUCAUCGAUUUCGGGAAACACUUCUCUCAUUCCUUAUCAUCCUCAUAACGCAAAUCAAAAUUCAUCAUCCAAUGGUGUUAUAACUGGAUAUCAGAAUUCUUCGAGACCAAUUCUUCAAAAUCAAAUGAAUUUUCGAUAUUCUCCAUAUCGUGAUUGUUCCAAUCAUACAAAUAAUAUCAACCAUUUAGUAUUGAAUGAUUCUAAUCCUCGUUCAAGGGUUGAUUUGAAUAGCUACCAAGGUUUGGAGGAUAUUGCUUUACCGAAUGCAAAUCCUAACAAUAAUAAUAACAACACUUUGGUAUUGAAUGAUUCCCAUCCUCCUUUAAGGAUUGAUUUGAAUAACUACCAAGGCCAUGGAAAUUCUAGUUGUGAUUCAACAAUGGAACAUCAUGUGUUUAAUAUUGGAGAAACUGAUGCUUUGAGAGAGCCAGUGACUACCUCUGUUGUAAGUUUUAAUGAAACACAAACUCAAUUGAAAGAGCUACUUCUUUUCAAGGAUGACACAAAUACAUUUCCAACCAGAUCGGUGACUGAAAUUGAUGAUUCAAAUGACGAUGAGCAUUUGGAUCUCUCACUUCAUCUUUAA